CGCCUCCUUAGCGCUUUUCUGAACAUCAUCCACGACUGCGACGAGACGUACAACUACCUAGAGCCGUUGCACUACAUCCUGUUUGGCAGCGGCAUGCAAACCUGGGAGUACUCUUCUCAGUUUGCCCUCCGCUCCUACCUUUAUCUGCUGCUCCACGCGCCGCCAGCCGUGGCGCCCGCGUUGCUGCUGGGUGCGGGCCGCAAGCUGGCUGGCUUCUACCUGCUGAAAGCAGCACUGGGCCUGGCAUCGGCCGCCACAGAGGCCUGGCUGUAUCGGGCCGUGGCGCGGCGGUACCGUCCCGCGGUGGCCCACGCCCUGCUGCUCUUCCUCUGCGUCUCUUCCGGCAUGUUUGCCGCCAGCACCAGCAUGCUCCCCUCCACCUUCACCAUGUAUGCGCUGACGGCGGCAGCAGCAGGCAUGCUGGAGGGGCGGCCCUACCCUGUGAUAGCCGCAGCAGCCAUUGGUGUGGUGUGGGGCUGGUGCGUGGCGGGCUUUGCCUUUUUGCCCUACGCUCUGUGGGUGCUGGUGGCGGCACCGCUGCUGCCGGCUGUGGGCAUGCUGCUGCUGAGCUUGGUGGGGACGCUGGGCCCGCUGGUACUGGUGGAUCGAUACUUCUAUGGCGCCUGGACGGCCUCCCUAUGGAACUUUGUCCGGUACAACGUGGUGGGCGGCGGCGACAGCGCUCUGUAUGGCGUGGAGGGCCCCGCUUUCUACCUGCGAAACGGCUUCAACAACUUCCAGCUCCUGCUGCCGCUGGCCCUGGCCGCGGGCGGAAGCGGCGCCAUGCUGUGCCUGCUGGCCUGCGUGUCGCCGCUGUAUGUGUGGCUGGCAGCCAUCACGGCUCUGCCCCACAAGGAGGAGCGGUUCCUAUAUGUGGCAUACCCUCUGGUCUGCCUGGCAGCGGCGGCCAGCUUUGUGUCGCUGCUCGACCUGGCGCGGCGCCUGCUGGGAGCGGUGCUGCCACGGCGUGCGGCCGCGCUGGCCGUGCGCGCCGCUGCGGCGCUCUUCCUCGCCGCCACCUGCCUGCUGGCGAUCAGCCGCACAGCGGCACUGGUGAUCAACUACGGCGCCCCGCUGCAGAUCUACAAGCACCUGCCAGAGGCAUCUGGCCCAGGGCAGCCAGUUGCGGUGUGCGUCGGGGCUGAGUGGUACCGCUUCCCCUCUGCUUUCUUCCUGCCCGGCGACCGGUGCCGCCUACGCUUCAUCAAGUCGGGCUUCACCGGCCUGCUGCCGCGCCAGUUCGACCCAGGAGAGGGCGGCACCCGAGCGGCUCCACCCCACUUCAAUGACCGAAACCGCGAGGAAGCAGCCAACUACUGGCCCUCCGCCGCCGGCUGCGCCUACGCCGUGACGUUGCAAGAGGAGGGGCAGGGCCAGGGCGGCGCUUUCAUCGACGAGCUCGGUGACACCGAUGACUGGGAGGCGGUUGCGGCGCUGUCUUUUGUAGACAAUGCGCGCUCGCCGCAGCUCUUCCGCGCGUUCUACCUACCCCGCCUGUCGGCCGUUAGGAACCGGCAUGUGCAGUACGUGCUGCUGAGGCGG